AUGGCGGGCCGUUCCCAGGGCCAGGCGCGAGGAAGCCAUGGCCUGGCCUUGCUGGCCGCGCCUGAUGGCCCCAUGGAUGCAGGCCGUUUUAAUGUAGAGAAGGUUCAGUAUAAGAAUGUGGUAUUCACUGUGUGGGAUGUGGGUGGGCAAGAAAAACUCAGGUCGCUGUGGAAGAUGUACCUGAGUAAUUCUGAUGCACUGAUCUAUGUCGUUGAUUCUUUGGACAGAGAAAGGAUUAGAGAUGCGAGGCAAGAAUUCCAGACCAUUAUCAAGGACCCUUUGAUGGCAAACAGCAUAAUCUUGGUAUUCGCAAACAAACAGGAUCUGAGAGGUGCGAUGAGCACGGAUGAGGUUAGUGAAGGACUGGGGCUGCAUGAUCUUAGGAACAGAAUAUGGCACAUACAGGGGACCUGCGCACUCCGUGGUGAGGGCCUAUACGACGGGCUCGACUGGCUUGCGUCCACUCUGAAGCAGUUGCAAGAGUCGGGUCAUGCAACUUCAGUUGCUGGCCCUUCCAUCUAA